UCAAAGUCCUCUGUCAUCUGAUUUUCAGGAUGUAUGGCCUGCAAUCAGCAGCUGGGAAUUUUCAGACUUCAGACUCACGUUAAGGAUUAUAACAUUCUGGAAAUCAUCCCCGAUCUAGCUUCUAUCAACAGCCAGUGGGAGAGAAAACACACAUCCAUCCAACUCUGAAGUUCCAACAGCAUCUGCAGGCCACGUCAGUUUGUGUGAAGUUUGCAUUCGUUUGGGACAAAGAGAGAAAAACGAGGAUAGAGAUAUAAAGAAAGAGAUUGCUGAAUAACUGCAGAUGCAUUUUAAUGCUCCAGAGUAAACAUGUCUGCCUACAGGAAUAGCGCUUAUGAGGAAGACCCAGAUUACCCUGACUAUUCUGAGUCUCGAAACCAUACUCAGGGGUAUUUGAAAACUCCAGGUCCUCUGAACAACUCAGAUGACCCCAGCACCAGGAGCAACCCAUACCCAGCAGAGUCCAGAACAAGUCUAGACUAUCUUGAGUCUCUAGCAGAACCAGAUUAUCCUGGAUCUCGGAGUAAUCCAGACUACCCUGGCACCAGGAGCCAUCCAUACUCUGCAGGGACAGACUAUCCCAAACCUUUGGCAGAACCAGAGUAUAUUGGAUCUCAGAGGAAUCCAUACCAGCCAGGCUCAUCUGGAGAGCCAGACUACUCUCAGUUUCAACAAAAUCCUGACUUUCCUGGUUCCAAAGGCAGGGGAAACUACACAGGCUCCAGAAUAAAUCCAGAUUAUCUUGACUCCUUGGGAGAACCAGACUACCCUGGAGCUCAGGAAAACUUGAAUUCUUCUGGCCCCAGAGCCACUUCAAACCAUCCAGGCUACAGAAGGAAUCCGGAACAAGCUAGUCCCAGAGUCAAGGCAUACAUAGACUCUCUGGGAGAACCUGAUUAUCCAGGUGCUGAGAGUCAAUCUAACCAUCCACACGUUUUUGGAGAACCAGACUAUCCGGGUGCUGAGGACUAUCGGAACUCUACAGACUUUUGGGGAGAGCCUGAUUACCCAGGUGCUGAGAAUGGUCGUGAUUAUGGCUCUUCAGAGGACCCGGAAAUGGCCAGGCAAAUGCUCAGCAGAACAUCUUCAAUCCAGCCCUCGUUUCACCAUGAGGGUGUCAGCCCCUUGGGCGUCCUUGGGAGAGAGGAUGUUGAUUAUCCUGAAAGCAUUGAAAUGAAAUCUGUGGGGAUGGCAAAUUCGUAUCCAGGUGCCCCUGGCAAUGGCUAUGUGAAUCCUGCUUAUGUGGGUGAUGAUGGUCUCGGCCCAGCUUAUGGAGACCCACCCUUGUCUGGACAUGAUUGGUUCAGUUCACCCCAAGGACAAAAGUUAAUCGAGUCUCUGAUACCCAUGACAUCUAGAGACAGAAUUAAAGCCAUUAGGAAUCAGCCAAGGACCAUGGAAGAAAAAAGGAACCUUAGGAAGAUGGUCGACAGAGAGAAAAGUAAGCAGUCCCGUCGUAUCCUGGAGCUCAAUUGCUGUGCCCAGUGUCUGAACUCCAUCUCACUGGCAUACCGAAGGUUCAAGAACAACCUGUCAGAACUGCUCGAUUCCAUCAGCCUGUGGCAGAAGACGCUCAAGGUCAUCGGAGGCAAGUUCGGCACCAGCGUCCUCUCCUAUUUCAACUUUCUGAGGUGGCUUUUGAAGUUCAACAUUUUCUCGUUCAUUGUGACCUUCAGCUUCAUCAUCAUCCCUCAGCUGACUGUGACACAGGAGAACCACCUCCAAUUCACUGGACUGGAAUUUUUAACCGGGGCGGGUUAUUUUACCAACACAGUGAUGUACUAUGGCUUUUACACCAAUUCUACGAUCCGGCAUGGCAACAGUGGGGCCUCCUACAACAUGCAGCUGGCCUACAUCUUUACAAUUGGAGGGUGUUUGGUCGUCUGCUUUUUUAGUUUGCUCUUCAGUAUGGCCAGGUAUUUCCGGAACAACUUCAUUAACCCCCACAUUUACUCCAGAGGGAUCGCCAAGCUCAUUUUUUGUUGGGACUUCACCGUCACUCAUGAAAGCGCAGUAAAGCUGAAACAGAAGAAUCUGAGCACUGAAGUCAGGGAGAACCUGUCAGAAAUCCGUCAGGAGAACGUCAAGUUAACAUUCAAUCAGCGGUUUAUCCGCUUCUCUGCCCACGUGGCAGCCUGGGUUGUCUCUUCCGGAGUGGCCAUCGCCUGCUGUGCAGCCGUCUAUUACCUGGCUGAGAACAACUUACAGUUCCUGGCAAACCACAGUAACCCUGGGGCGGUGCUUUUACUGCCUUUCGUUGUGUCCUGCAUCAACCUGGUCGUGCCUCGCUUCUACUCCAUGUUCAGGCUGGUGGAGCGCUACGAGAUGCCGAGGCACGAAGUCUAUACCCUCCUGAUCCGGAACAGAUGGCAGCAGCCUCCUCCCACACCCCAACUCUUGUUUGCCAUUGCUUUCCAGUGUUGGGAAACCCUCAUUGGCCAAGAAAUCUACCGGCUCCUGCUGAUGGAUUUUCUGUUCUCUUUAGCUGAUUCCCUCCUGGGGGAGUUUCUGAGAAGAAUCAUUGGGAUGCAGCUUAUCAAAAGUCUUGGCUUACCGGAGUUUGACAUUGCCAGAAAUGUAUUAGAACUCAUCUAUGCACAAACUCUGGUGUGGAUUGGAACCUUCUUCUGCCCUCUGCUGCCCUUUAUCCAAAUGAUUACUCUUUUCAUCAUGUUUUACGUCAAAAAUAUCAGCCUGAUGAUGAAUUUCCAGCCUCCGAGCAAAGCAUGGCGGGCCUCGCAGAUGAUGACUUUCUUCAUCUUUCUGCUCUUCUUCCCAUCCUUCACUGGGGUCCUGUGCACCCUGGCCAUCACCAUCUGGAGAUUGAAACCUUCGGCUGAUUGUGGUCCGUUUCGAGGUCUGCACUUCUUCAUUGAGUCCAUCUACAGCUGGAUCGACACCCUGAAUAAAAGGCCCAGCUACCUGUGGGUUGUUUGGAUCUACCAGAACCUCAUCGGGAGCGUGCAUUUCUUCUUUAUCCUCACCCUCAUUGUCUUAAUCAUUACUUACCUUUACUGGCAGAUCACAGAGGGAAGGAAGAUUAUGAUAAGACUGCUCCAUGAACAGAUCAUUAACGAGGGCAAAGACAAAAUGUUCCUAAUAGAUAAGUUGAUCAAGCUGCAAGGUAUGGAGAAGAGAGCAAACCCCACCUUAUUUACGCUGGAAAGAAGAGAUUUGGAGCCAUGGGGCCCUCUGCAUGUCAGGCAACAUAAUGCUGCUCGAGACCUGCGAUUCAGGCGAUCAUUUCAAGAAGAUAAUCCAAAGGCCUGAUAAUUAUCAUGGUACCCGGAUGCCAGCCAAAGAAGGAAAGAAGAUAAAGAUGGAGCAUAUUCCUCCAUGCCACCUGGGCCUUUAUGAGCUUCCCAGAUGGGAAAUUCAAACCUUUAGCCAGAAGUGGAAAUUGACUACAAUGUAAAUACUGAAGUAAAAUUGGGCAUUCCUUGUUGGGUUUUUUAUACCUGAAUUGCUGAUUUUUCCAGACAGAAUAUUUGAGAUUUUCCAAUAAAGACGGUUGUAGUAUUUGAACUAGUUCAC